AAAUGGUAAAUACCACGCAGUAUAUUGCUAAAGCUAUUCAUUUAUUAUUUGAGUAGAAUCAUCAUGCUACAGAGUGAGUGAUGGUUAGAUUGUGCAUAAUACAUGAUGACAGAUGGAAUCAUGAAGAAAUAUUCUGGAGAUGUGGUCAUUCAUAUACUUUUGAGGCUUCCGGUGAAAUUUCUCUUGCGAUUCAAAUGUGUCUCCAAAACUUUUUUCACUCUCAUACAAUCUUCAACUUUCAUCAAUCUUCAUCUCAACCACACAACAACUUCGACAAAUGAUAACAUUCUCUUGAAGCGCUCCUUUAAAGAAGAUAUUGAAAUAUAUAAAGCUAUAUUUUCUUUUCUUUCUAGUGAUUGUGAAGAUUACAUGAAAUUCUUUUAUCCAGAUCUAGUUGUGCCAUAUAUGACAAAUCGUUUGAGUAUUACCAGUGAUAAACUUAUCGGUCCUAGCCAUGGUUUGAUUGCUCUGAUGGAUCCAAUUACCACCAUCUUGUUCAAUCCAUCUACUAGAAAUUAUAGACUGCUGCCGUCGAGCCCUUUUGAUGUUCCAAAGGGAUUUUAUCGAUCCAUUGAAAGUGGCGGGUUUGGUUUAGACUCUGUAGUUAAUGAUUUCAAAGUUUUUAGAAUUUCUCAAGUUUACACGGAAGAUCAUUUCGGGUACCCUGAAAAGGGAGAGAAAAAGGUCGAGGUUUAUGAAUUGGGUAUUGAUAUUUGGAGAGAAUUGGAUCAUGUUGAUCAACAGUUGCCCAAGUUAUUCUGGUUGACUUCUUCGAUAUUUUAUAAGGAAGCUUACCAUUGGAUUACAUCUUCAAGAGAAUUUAAAUCAAUAAUUCUUUGUUUUGAUAUGAGCACCGAAAUAUUUCGCAAUAUGGAACCCCCUAAUACUUGUGAAUUUUCAAGUGGAACACUUCAUAGCCUCCUCAUCUUGACUGAGUCUCUAUGCUUGACUUGUUACCCCUGUCUAGGGCCCAUGAUUGAUCCAGCAAACAUUUUGAUGGAAAUUUGGAUAAUGAAAGAUUAUAAUGUUUAUGAAUCUUGGAUUAAGAAAUACACAAUUAGAGGUCUUCCUACUGAAUCUCCGUUAGCAAUAUGGAAGGACUGUUUAUUGUUUUUCCAAAGCAAAAGUGGAUAUUUGAUGUUGUAUGAUCUUAACUCCGAUGAAAUCAAGGAAUUGAAUUUUCAUGGUUGUCUGAAAAGUAUGCGAGUUAUAAUUUACAAAGGAAGCAUGACUCCGAUUCCAAAAGGAGGCCAAAGUAGUACACAAGUUCAAAACUUUUAGGAAUGAUUUAACUCUCUCAACUUUAGCUUGAUAGGAUCUUUCAUUAUGAAGAUCUAAAUAUUUUAUUUAUGGCAAUUGAAUGCCUUUCAAAAUAUUAUGUCAUUUUGCUGGAAAUUCAGUAAGAUAGAGCUUUCCUUUUAGCUCAGUUUGUAUUCUUUUAUUUGUUGAGUUUGCAUUUUGUACUCUCCUUAAAUAU